UCAAAAGAAGGAACGAGCGAUAACAAGAGAAAGAAAAACACUAGCUUUCUGCUGCCCGCAGCAUCUGAAUCCUUCGGUGCUUUAGCCAAAGUACAGUGCGUUAUUAUCUCGCGAAUCGAAUUUAGACCGUGUCACCGAAAAUUCGUGAUCUCUAUCAGUGAUUUGUUCUACAAUCUGCAUGCAGGUUUGAGCUUUGUCGAUUCGUUCUUACGCGUAGAUUCGAAACCAUGAUAACAAGGUCACGGUACUUGCUGCUGGUUCUAUUGGCUCACAGCAUCUAUUAUCACAGUUCCGAGGCCAGCACCCAUUGGUUGUUGAAUAACGAAGGACAGAUCAUACCCCAGCUAUCCUCACCCUUUUACCUACGCCGAUCGUACGAUCUGAUUGCCUUCCUCAACCAAAAUGUCUACAAGCAGAAAAUAGAUCUGAUCAUCAGCGAACUAUUGGCGAUCAAAUCGAAUCUCACUGCUAAGAUGAACAAUUUGGAUGCCUACACGAACGAUCUCACCAACAAGAUCGGCUGCAUACCGAACUUUUAUCUGGAUGAAUCGGAUAUCUUGAGUACGAUUAUCAACAUGAACUACAUCAAUAGGAUAACGGUUCCGGAGAGAGGAUCGGCAGCAGCCGGCGCUAUCAGUUCCAAAGCGAUUGCGAUUAAAGGGAAAGCUCCCUCCCCAAAAUGCGGCGAUUAUAUGAAGAUGAAUUUUAGUGUGGCUAGUUUCGAUCAUCUGGAGGGCAUUGCAAACCGGACUCAGCUGAAAAUGGCUCCAGAGGAUAUGUUCAAAUCGUUAGAGUACUACAUACCAUCCGUCAAAUCUCCCCAGGUUCUGGCCGAAGAUCUGCGCAAGAAUCCCAACUCUUGGAAGUACCACACAAUCGCCUCGUACUACUGGCGCAAGAAGGGCAACGCCCGGGAAGCGAUGGAGUGCGCCCGGCGAGCGGUCGUCCUCGCACCACGAAAGUACAAAGACAUCCCACUGCUCAGCAUGGGAACGAUAUUGCAGCGGUCACAGUACGUAAACGAUUCGUUGAUUGUACUACGGGCGGCCGUCGAUCACGAACCAAACGAACCGGAAAAUCAGAUGGCCCUAGGUAACACCUACAUGCUGCUGUCCGAGUUCAAUCGCUCGUUCGAGGCGUACCGAGCGGCGGAAAGUUUGGACUCGGUGUACGCGGAACACAACGACUACAUUCGGAAGUCUAUUAACUGCUUCAAAGAUCUCAAGAUUAAUCUGCUCACGAUGGAGAGACUCCUGCAGGACAUCAUCCCGGGCCUAGAGCGGUACGGUUCUCUCCAAAAAGAGUUCGACGAGUACCAUGAAAAGCUGGACAGGGAACAGGCCCCGCUGAAGACGCGCGUGUUCGACGAAGCGUACAGCAAACAGGUCGACUUUCUGAUUCAGCGCAGCCAGAUCUGCACCACGCGGAUGACGAAGGAGAAGAGCGAACCGAUCCUUUCCUGCGAUUUCAUCUCCGACGUGCAGAUGCUGAUGGAGGACUUUGCGGUCGAGAUCCUGAACAACUAUGUGGAUCUGAAGAAGGAGCUCAUCAAUACGUACAAAAUUAACUCGCUCGGUAUCUACAAGAAGAUCUUUGUGGAGCACUUCUGAGACUAGUCCCGCUCGUUGCGUUUUCCCUGCCUCUAGGAUAUUUAUUGAGAUUUAAUCAAACUAUGAGUUUUAGUACUCGUUGAAGGGUGAAAUGAAUUGAAAUCGUUCGUACAAAUGAAAUGGAAUACCAGAAUCUGAAAUGUACAGCACAAUCAACCCAAGUA